AUGGACGCAGGCAGGAAGAAGAAGUGGGUGGCCUGGGCGGUGGCGGCCGCCAUCUUCGUCGUCCUCAUGCUCGUCACGCCCGCCAUCCCGCAGGACGAGGCCUACCACGACUUCGCCGACCAGCGCACCCUCUUCCUAGGGAUUCCUAACACCUUGAAUGUGAUCUCAAACAUCCCCUUCUUUUUUGUUGGCGUCACGGGGCUCAUCUUGUGCCACUACAAAAACUAUUUCAGGCUAAGCUCGCAGGGGGAGCUCUGGAGUUGGACACUGUUCUUUGCCGGCGUCACUGCUGUUGGAUUUGGUUCUUCCUAUUACCAUCUCAACCCAAAUGAUGCCACGCUAGUUUGGGACAGACUGCCAAUGACGAUUGCUUUCACUUCUGUCAUGGCUAUAUUCAUCAUUGAAAGGGUUGAUGAGAGAGCAGGUGCAAAGUCCCUUGCACCACUUGUGAUUACUGGUGCCUUGAGCAUCAUGUAUUGGAGACACUUUGAUGAUCUUCGCCCGUAUGCAGUGGUUCAGUUUGUUCCAUGCAUUGCUUUACCUGUGAUGGCUAUAGUAAUUCCACCGAUGUAUACACAUUCAAGCUACUGGUUGUGGGCAGCAGGAUUUUACCUCCUUGCUAAAGUGGAAGAGGCUGCCGACAAACCUAUCUAUAACUGGACUCAUCAGAUUGUUAGUGGUCAUACUCUUAAGCAUCUAUGUGCUGCGAUGGUACCGGUCUUCUUGGCUCUCAUGCUAGCUAAAAGGACUAUUGAACCAGAAAGGGUAAGCUUGCUCCAGAAGUGGAAGAUCAGUUGGGUUACAGUGAGAGAGAGGCGUUCCAAAGAUAGCAGCACAGUUGAUGUGGAUUGCAACUACGCUGCUGUUUCAAAUACUACAUCUGAACAGUAA